UUCUCCCCGCUCUGCUGUGGAUCCCUCCCUGGCCCCAGCCCAUGGCUCCUGGCUCACUCAGGACCUGGCCUUGACUGUGCCUGUGCAACCUGAGGGCCAGGUUCGGUUCUGCGCAGCCCCUCAGUGCCCACCCUCAGGUGUGGCACACCCCUGUCCUCCCUGGCACUGUCUUCUGUCCUGUCUGUCUGUCUACAUGUCUCCCUCCCUUUGUGGGUGUGCAGGAGAGAGCCCAUUACACCCCUGGGGCCUCACAGUGGGGUCCAGCAGACAGGUCCCAGGGAGUCCUGUUUCUCCCAUGGGAUUCAGUCAGAGCAAAAGAGGGCUCUGCUGCCUCCCUGCACUCCCAGGACUGAGCACUGUGGCCCCCCAGUCCCUUAUAUGGAGGGGUUCCUUGUCUGGGCUCCAGCCUCUGGCAGUGCUAAUCUCAAAGGAAUGUGCUGCCAGCCUGUGGUGCUCCAGGUACCCAGAGCCCCUGCCUGAGCCAUGCCUGAGGCUGUAGGGCCAUUUGGGCCGGCUGGUCCCAGGAGAGGACAUGUACGUGACAUGGACCAUGGGUUCCACACACCUGGCCCCUGCAUGGCCAGGAGCUGACCUGGCCUUGGGGGGCAUGAGACACCCCAGGCGGGUUGCCUGGCCAACCCACUUUCCCAUGGGUUGAGCCCGGGUGAGGAGUAUAAGGCACGCUGGACCCCAUGGGACUAGCAGAAGGUGUGCAGCUGAGAAGGCUGGUUCCCCUCUGUGCUUUGGGGGUGUCACCAGCAUGGGGGGAGGGGUGGGGGUUCUGGGAUUAUCAGAUGGAAACUUCCAGGUAAAGCCAUUUACAGAACCACACAGUCCUGGAAUGGGGGACCACCCCUGUGUCCCCUCCCUCCCAACCCCCAAGUCAUCAAUAGGGCUGGUUUUAGGAAGCAGGACAUACCUGGUUGUGACUUUCACUGGACUCUGCAGACCCUCUGCAACCCGAGGAGGGGCGUGCACACCCCAAGGACCCAGGCGUAAGGCCCCUGGCAGAUGUGGGGGGCAGCAACCCAAAGGCAUGCCCCCCGCGCAGCCCUGCCACCCCUACCUCCUGCUGCUACUCCUGCUGGCCUGCUGGCCACAGGGCCCCUCCGCUCAGGUGAUGGACUUCCUGUUCGAGAAGUGGAAACUGUACAGUGACCAAUGUCACCACAACCUGAGCCUGCUGCCAGCCCCCACGGAACCUUUGACAAGUACUCCUGCUGGCCGGACACCCCACCCAACACCACAGCCAACAUCUCCUGCCCCUGGUACCUGCCCUGGUAUCACAAAGUGCAGCACCGCCUGGUGUUCAAGGAAUGUGGGCCUGACGGACAGUGGGUGCGUGGGCCCCGGGGGCAGCCGUGGCGCAACGCCUCCCAGUGCCAGAUGGAUGACCAGGAAAUAGAGGUCCAGAAGGAGGUGGCCAAGAUGUACAGCCGCUUCCAAAUGAUGUACACCGUGGGCUACAGCCUGUCGCUGGGGGCCCUGCUCCUUGCCCUGGCCAUCCUGCUGGCUCUCAGCAAGCUGCACUGCACACGCAACUACAUCCACCUGAACCUGUUUGCAUCCUUCGUGCUCAAGGCGGGCUCUGUGCUGGUCAUUGACUGGCUGCUCAAGAUCCGAUACAGCCAGAAGAUCGGAGACGACCUCAGUGUCAGCGUCUGGCUGAGCGACGGGGCGGUGGCCGGCUGCCGCAUGGCUGCAGUGAUCAUGCAGUACGGCGUCGUGGCCAACUACUGCUGGCUGCUGGUGGAGGGCAUGUACCUGCACAGCCUGCUGAGCCUUGCCACCUUCCCUGAGAGGAGCUUCUUCACACUGUACCUGGGCAUCGGCUGGGGUGAGUGGGCUGAUGCCAGAAGGGAGACAGGGCAGCCAGGGUUCAAGACCUCAGCCGCUGCCCCUACAGGUGCACCCCUGCUGUUUGUCAUCCCCUGGGUGGUGGUCAAGUGUCUGUUCGAGAACAUCCAGUGCUGGACCAGCAACAACAACAUGGGCUUCUGGUGGAUCCUUCGAGUUCCUGUCUUCCUGGCCAUCCUGAUCAACUUCUGCAUCUUUGUCCGCAUCGUUCACCUGCUCGUGGCCAAGUUGCGAGCCCGCCAGAUGCAUUACGCUGACUACAAGUUCCGGCUGGCCAGGUCCACCCUGACCCUCAUCCCCCUGCUGGGUGUCCAUGAAGUAGUCUUUGCCUUCGUGACGGACGAGCAGGCCCAGGGCACCCUGCGUUCUGCCAAGCUCUUCUUCGACCUCUUCCUGAGCUCCUUCCAGGGCCUGCUGGUGGCUGUACUCUACUGCUUCCUCAACAAGGAGGUGCAAGCAGAGCUGUGGCGACGCUGGUGGCGCUGGCGUGAGGGCAAAGCACUGCUGGAUGAACGCAUCACAGGCAGCCACUCGGCACCAACAAGGCCUAGCCACAGCCCCCUCUGCGAGAAGCUUCAGCUGGUGAAGGAGGGCAGCAGCAAGGGGGCCAGCCAGGACCCCUGUGCAGAGACCCCCUUGGCCAAUGGCCUCCCUGGGUUGGCCAAGAGCCCCUUGUGAGGCUGUGCUGGAGCCCGGGCUGGGGCUGGACGCAGGCACACCAGAGAGCUAUCCCAGAACAGCCCUGAGUUGGACACCUGCCCCCACCGUCCCCAUGGCCUCCUUCCCACACCUCCCCUGCCCCUAGGCCUACGGUGAGAUGACUUGGUGUGGCAAGGGAGCUGUACCGUGACUGCAGUUCUGGCUUCCCAUGUUGUUGGUGUCCCGCGUGCAUGGAAAUGUGUGUCCUCCAAUAAACAGCUCAAGUAGUGGC